CCUCUGUCUCCCUCGUUCCUUCUUCCUCUCGCAAAGUAAUGGACGAACACAGCAGCCGCGCUUCAGCCUUCUGUUGCCGAGCUAAUCAAAUCAGAAAGGGUAGAAUUAAAAUUAUCCGUCCAGAGAUCGUACUUACCAGUCACGAUACAGAGUAGAUUGGGCCUCUAACGGGACAGACAAUAGAGUGCAAAGGAAAUGCUUCCUUUUAUGCUACCAGUGAAUGAAUGACAUACUAAGGAUUGUACCUAUUCCACCAAUAAUUAGAAUGAAAAAAGCAUCGCGCUCGCCAGAUUUAUAAGCAAACAGGAGGAUUCCCUCAGCUGUCGACCAUCCAGUGACAGCAACGCCAUUUAGGCAAAGCAUUCUCGACAUGAAAGCCCAGAACCACCGCUCCCACCAUCACUCGGCCGACGCCGACUCAGCCGCCGCGGGUUCCACCGCCUCCGCCACACGAGCUGCAGAGGGCCACGUGCCUCACCAAGACAACCAUAUUCCACACCAUCUUCCGCCCGCCAGGUGGCACCCCGACGACCCUUCGUCCGCUCUUGUCCGCCUCAUGUGCAGCUACGGCGGUCGUAUCCUCCCCCGCCCCCACGACAACCAACUCCGCUACGUCGGCGGUGAGACCCGCAUCGUCGCCGUUCCCCGCUCCGCCUCCUUCGCUGCUCUCCUCUCCCGGCUCUCCAAGUUCCUCCCUGCCGCCGCCGUUCAGCCCCCGUGCCUCAAGUACCAGCUCCCCCACGAGGACCUCGACGCCCUCGUUUCCCUCACCUCAGAUGAGGACGUUGAGAGCAUGUUCGACGAGUACGACCGUCUCGCUUCCGCCAACGUUCGAGCCCCCCGUCUUCGCCUGUUCCUCUUCCCCCCACCUUCCGUAGCCUUCGGCUCCGUCGUCGACGCCCCGGGCUCGACCCGUGACCAGUGGUUUGUCGAUGCCCUCAACGGCCGAGGAGCCGGCGCGGCAUCUGGCCCGCCGUCCCUCGAGCGCGGCCGCUCAGAGGCGUCCUCCAUCGUCUCCGAGGUCCCUGAUUACCUCUUCGGCCUCGACACCAACUCGCCGCCUGCCAAACCCGUGGUUCAACCGGCCUCUUCGGAGCCGGGCUCGCCCUUCUCCGCCUCAUCUCAGCUGUCGGUUCCCCCAAUCCCCGAUCUCCCACCCGUCAAAACCAAGCUGCACGUGGAGGAAACCGGGUUCAACACGGUCGAACCGAUUGCGAUGGAGCAGGCCGGAUUGGUACCUAACCCGGUCCUAUCGUAUGGCCCUGAGCCGGUCCCGGUUUUCUACAUGCCGCCAUCUGUCCAUGGCGGGAGCUUAACGAUGCAACAGCUUCCAAUUCCAGUCCAAUACAUGCCUCCACUCCGUGCCGUGGCCGACAGUCAGCUUCCGUUGGGCUUCCAGCCAUCGUUCCCGGUGGUGGCAGCCAAGCCAAUCAAAGGCGCUCCGGUUUACGUGGGUGGCCCUCCAAUCGGACCGGGGGCCCUCGUAGGUGGUGGAUUCGAGUAUCCGGUGGGGGCGGAGUCGUUCGAGGUACCAGGGAGAGUGUCGAUCCCGGUGUAUCAAGCGACUGGAGUGACUGUGGUCGGAGAAGCCGAAGCCGCGGCAGCCAGUCCCCAGACGAGAUUGGGACGACAGACACAAUGAACCUGGUUCCAUAAAGGUAGAACAGUUUGCGGGAGCGUGGUUUAUGCGUUGUUAAUUUGAAUUAUUUGGACUAUAUCAGUUCUUGAAUUCGUCAUGUUGUUGUAUUUGGGGAUUGCAUCGUUUGCGAGUUGCUAUAUACGAUCUGUCUGACGAAUUGUGUGUA